AUGUUUUCCUCGGCUUUGCUUUCUUCAACGCUUACUGGUGAUGUUCCGGAAGGAUUUGUUGUUCGUCCACUCAACAUCGGAGAUUACGACAAGGGAUUUCUUUCCCUGCUCUCUCAGUUGACACGGGUUGGUGAUGUGACUCGGGAAAACUUCGUUACGCGUUUCCGCACCAUGGCUGACACUCGUCCCACCUCUUACUACGUUGUCGUGAUUGAAGAGACGAGCACUCAUCAACUUGUCGGUUCGGCAACUCUCGUUCUUGAAUGGAAGUUCAUUCAUGCAGCUGGUGCACGUGCUCGAAUUGAAGACGUUGUUAUUCGGCAUGAUAUGCGAGGCCGUAAACUUGGAGCCUUGCUAAAUCGAGUUCUCGUGUCGCUCGCUAAGCUGUUUGGUGUUUACAAGAUCUCAUUGGAGUGCAAGGAUUCUCUCAUUCCUUUCUAUGAGCUUAACGGUUUCAAGAAAGACGAAGGAAACAAUUUCCUUGUUCAAAGGUUUGACAAGGAUAUUACCAUUUCACCGACCAAUGAUACACUCGAGACAGCCCCAGAAGUUGAGCAAAGCAAAAUU